CGGAGCCAGAACCAGCGGAGCUCCCUCAUAGUUCGGAUGUGUAUUAUAGUUAGUGUUAGUAUCUGGCGUUUCCCAUGAAUUUGCCCAGGCUAAACUCGCAAACAUGUCACUGAGGCCAUGCGGAGGUCUGCUUGGGGCCGCCGUGAUCAUAUUCUGGUUAGGUCUAUCGGUUUCCACAUCCCAACCGGAUGAGUUUAGCUUUGCCUCAGACGAGGAGGUGGAGAUCGACCUGCUGAACGCGAUCAGCAUCCCCAUCGAGCAGGCGGGCGUCGACUUCACGAGUGGCUUUGACGGCUUCAUCGCUCUCAACGUGCGCCGCUCGGCGCUGGUGCGCACGCCCUUCCGCACGCUCUUCCCCGAGGUGUUCUUCGCCGACUUCUCGAUCCUCGUGACGGCGCGCCUCGCCGACCCGCGCCGCGGCGGCUUCCUAUUCGCCGUCGUCAACCCGACCGACACCGUCGUGCAGCUCGGCGUCGAGCUGUCGGCGGCCGUCGGCGGCGAGCAGAACUUGACGCUGUACUACACGGACGUGAAGGCGCACGCCGCCUCGCAGGCGCUCGCGCGCUUCGCCGUGCCGAGCUUCACGCGCGAGUGGCAGCGGUUCGCGCUGCGCGUCGAGAGCGACGUCGUCACGCUGUACUUGAACUGCGAGGAGCGCGGCGCGGUGCGCGCUCGACGCGACCCGCGUGAGCUCGCCUUCGACUCGGCGUCGACGCUCUACCUCGCACAGGCGGGACCGAUACUCGGCGGACACCUGGCGGCUGCGCUCCAAGAGCUGAAGGUGUACGCGCAGUGCGACGAGGCGAAGGAGCAAUGCGACGAGGACCACUUAGAGGCAAUAUCGAGUGGUGAUUUACCUGAAGGGAUAGAUGAGCCGGACGUGCCCCUCAUAACGCCAGACGAUGACAGUGACAUGUCAGGCUCUGGUUAUUCUGGAUACGGCUGGGAUACAGGCUUGGAGGCAACCGAUAAAGGCAUCGUUGCACCCCCAAUUAUCACUCCGCCGCCUCCUGUGUUCUACAGCAAGGGUGAGAAGGGAGAGAUGGGUAAUCCUGGCCCUAGCGGUCCCCCUGGCAUUAAAGGAGAACAGGGAUUGUCUAGUUCAGGAGGCGGUUCUGGUAGUUGGCUUGCUGGCUAUGGAUCAGGAGAUUAUAAUACCCAGGGAGCUCCUGGCCCACAGGGACCAAUGGGUAUGCCAGGAACUCCAGGAAUCAAGGGAGCAAAGGGGGAGCGGGGUGACAGUAUCAUAGGUCCACCUGGUAUGCCUGGUCCCCCAGGCCCACCUGGCUUAGUUGACAAGAUGAAAGACUCCAGUGACGUUGUCAACAGUGGCCAGAUAGCUCCAGUAUGCCAAUGCAAUAGUACAUGGCUGCAAAUGUGGACAGACAGUGCAAUGAGAGCUGGGGCUAUAGCAGGGCCAGGAGGCGAGAAAGGUGACCCAGGACGUGAUGGGGUGCCAGGAUUAACGGGACCACCCGGCCCACCUGGUCCCGCAUGGGAGUCUGUGUUAGCUUCAGGAGCAGGGUCUGGUGACAUGAUGGGCUCAGGAAAUGGCUAUUCACUGGUCGGACCUCCAGGAGAGAAGGGCAGUAGAGGUGACAAGGGUGACAUGGGACCUCCUGGAGUGAGAGGAAGAGAUGGUGAGGCGGGCAGGGAUGGCUAUCCAGGUAGAGAUGGACGCAAUGGACCGCCAGGACCCAAGGGUGAGGUUGGAGAACCAGGUUUUGGGCAGUCUGGUGCGAUGGGCCUGCCAGGUCCCCCCGGGCCUCCUGGCUCACCAGGUGCCACUGGUACUCCUGGCUAUUCAGCCAGAACUGGAGACUCCUUGAGCUCAAGUGGAAGUGGUUACUUCAAUGGCAUAUUUGGAUCUGGGGGUGAUACAGAUUCUAAUAGUAUGACACCCAUGGUAGUCAGUGGAGAGAAAGGAGACACAGGCAUGGUUGGUGCUGCUGGGAGAGAUGGCCUGCCCGGGGAAACUGGUCCUCCCGGUAUACCGGGCCCUGAGGGGAAGAAAGGCGAUCCAGGCAGGGAUGGACUUCCUGGUAAAGAUGGUUUUAAUGGCCAUCCAGGAAUACCAGGCAUUGAUGGCAUGCCUGGAGAGAAUGGUGGGCCUGGUUUGGCGGGGCCACCAGGCCCUCCUGGAGCUCUGGUAGUCGGUGAAGACUCCUCAGUCAUUUCCGGUCCAAAAGGUGAAAAGGGAGUACCGGGCGAUGUCUCAAUAAUCCUGGCCAAAGGAGACAGGGGUGCUUCGGCACCACGAGGACCACGGGGCAGGAAAGGGAAAACAGGAGCACGGGGAAUCAUGGGAGAGAUUGGCAUGCCCGGCUGGCCAGGGCCACGUGGAGUUCCUGGACCCAGAGGUCCUAUUGGUCCAACAGGCCAUGGGGAGAAGGGUGACCGAGGAGAAAAGGGUCCACCAGGACCCCCUGGCCACGUCUACUCUACUGGAGGUGAUGGCACUCCCCUUGAGGGACCACAAGGACCCAUUGGCCCUGCAGGCCUGCAAGGACCAAGAGGCUACCCUGGAGAACCAGGAAUAGGGCGACCAGGUCCACCAAGCCCAGCAGGGGCACCUGGAGGUCAGGGAAGGGCUGGAUUAAUGGGCCCUGUUGGACCAAAGGGAGAGCGAGGAGAUUACGGCCCUCCUGGACGCGCCGGUGAGCCAGGCAGGGUGGUAUAUUCCGAUGACACGGGUAAGAGCCGUGAAGUAACUGGUCAGCAAGGUACAAAGGGAGAGCCCGGUGUGCAGGGACAGCCAGGUCGUCAAGGCGAUCUCGACUACAAGCUUCUGCAGCAAUAUAUCGACCAGUUUGUACAGCAAGGGGAGGAUGGGCCACCCGGCCCACCCGGUCCUCCAGGAUCCAACGCGGAAAAAUCCUUCUCAGGCAUAGGUUCUGGAGCAGCUGUUACUUACAAGAAUAAGGAGGACCUGGUAUAUUCAGCACACACUAGUCCCGUAGGUACUCUUGGUUUUCUCACAGAAGAGGAUGCUAUGUUGGUGAGAACCAGAGGGGGAUGGAGAUACGUACAGCUGGGAGCACUGCUGGCAACACCAAAGACUACAACGACGACAACAACACUCAGACCUCCGUACGCAGCAGAAGCACCUGACUCUCAAGUGUUUGAGCGCUCACGACGGGGACCCACGAUUAAGCUCGUGGCAUUGAACGAGCCUUACAUAGGGAACAUGCGAGGAAUUCGAGGCAUAGACUUCCAGUGCUACCGGCAGUCACGCGCGGCAGGUCUCCGCGGCACAUACAGGGGAUUCCUGUCAGCCUAUGCGCAGGAUUUGUAUAGCAUCGUGCGGCAGGCUGACCGGCAGGGAGUUAAAGUAACAAAUCUCAAGAAUGAUACAUUGUUUGACUCCUGGCACGACAUAUUCAAGGGUGAUGGAGGUUUGUUCAGAGGGAACACCAAACUCUACAGUUUUGAUGGACGAGACGUUUUUACUGAUCAUAAUUGGCCACAGAAGAUAGUCUGGCACGGAUCGGACGUCGUAGGUGGCCGAGUGCCAACCGACUUCUGCAGUGGCUGGUUAACAGGUGACAAAGAGCAGACAGGCCUUGGCAGCUCACUGUUUGCAAAUCAGCUGCUGCAGCAGACCAAGUACUCGUGCAAUAACGCCUUCGUAGUGCUCUGUAUAGAGAACACCAGUGUAGGGAGGCUGAAGAAAUUCAAGCGAUAGGAGCCGGCUUGGCAGUGACGCAAUAAGAAAUACGACGGGCAACAAGAGGGCAAGGAUUGUAAGAUCGGGCCGUAGUUGUCGGUGGCGCUUUGUGGAAUAUGUAAAUUUUUGAUGUACUUCCUAUUAUUGACCAAAAAGUGUGAGUUUUUUGGAUUAAGCUAGGAUGAUUUUAAUCAUGUCGUUCAUCGUGCGGAGGCAUUGUAAAUUAAUCGUGCAUUUAAAACGCUCAACCGAUGGUUGAUUAUUGUUCUAUUUAAAUUUUAUAAUUUAAAUAUUUAAUGGAUUUGUCGGAAAAUUGAUACCGCUGCAUGUUUUAAUGUUGUAUUAUACCAAAGUCUGUACACCUUUCGUUGCCAGCUCUCUUGCAACAGCAAACAAACGUUGAUUUAGGCAUCCGUUGUUAAAGUUACAAACUUUUAUAGCAUAUAUUGAUAGAACUUGUGUAUGUGUUUUAGGAAGUAAGACAUUUUAAGAUCUAAUUAUCGUUGUGAGCUGGAAUUCUUUGCGCAGUUUGCUGGGUAAUUAUUAAAUUUCAUAUUUAUUUGUGAUAUUUUCGUCGUGGACUAUUUUCAUUUACGAAGACCACAAAAGUUAUUAUACUACCAACUGGAGAUGCUCGUGCACGCGUACGGGUGUGAUUUUAGGCAAUUAUUCUUGUUGUGUUGUAAUAAUUUUAUUUGGUCAUCGGUUAAUAGCCUACCAUCUAUUGUAUUGAAACCAGUUCAUGAUCAGCAUCUUGGGUAUCAUUUUAAUGAAUUUUAAUACGUUUCCCAAUCAUUAGAGCUACGUAGAGCUUGCAAAGGUGACGUGAUAGCUUACAACAGAAACUGCAUGCCACCGUAUAUGUACACGAAUUCGAUCGCGUGUAACCCCCCCCCCCGAAUUUCCUGAUUUAGUCGCACAUCUUGGGUACGUAUUUAAGCAGUGGUUAAUAGAUGGUGAACAUAAGGGUCAUGUGAAUAUGUACAUGUAAGUAUGUCUCAUUUAUAACAUUUAAAAUUGUAGGAGAGAAGUGCAAGCGGUAGUGAUUGCUGUCGUUUAAAGGAUGAAAUCUUUCUUAUCGAAAUAAUAAUUAUUAAGUUGAAAAUAAAAAUCCCAGCGGAAUCCUAGUUAUAGGUGUAGCUGCUAGGUUGCCAUGACUACGCCAUUUCUACCUAUUUAGGUAUACCAGAUAUUGUUCAGAAAUCACAAUUACAGGGGCGUGUUACCCCCGCCGUGCUAGUCCUAAGCUGCUGAUAUCAUAGAGGAAACAAUGUUUUAAACAUGCCUAUAUUUGUCAAAAUGGUGAUCAUCAAUCAUUAGAUAUUGAUUAACUUGACAUCCUUUUUAAAGGAUAUGUAGGGCCUACGCGUGGUUUGCAAACACUUGCCUAAUAUAAUUGUGAAACCACAGGCCAGUUUUCCACCGUCGAAUGUUAUUCUUUGUUUAUACACACGUAUUACGUAUGUGGGCAUUCGUAUUUACCUACCCGUGUAUGUAUUAUCAUGAAUUCUAUGAAGUCGGCCAACAAUCUACGGGCUUAUUACACGUUAGUCAUGUAAGCGCACGAGACGCCAGUCACGUGUCAUGCUGUUACUCCAUAUAUAGAAUAAAACGUCUAUUAUAUAAACUUUCUA